AUGAUGGCUUUCAUCAAGAAUCCCCCGACGGAAAAAGACCACUCAGACUCCUCCGACGUAGAGAUCUCUCCCAUUGCAAGCCCCUCGAAAUGGCAACAAGUUCGCCAUUAUCUUACCAGUCGAGAUGGAUGGGUCGGCAACUAUGACUACCUGUAUCUCGUUACCCCCAACAUCUGGCCGCUCAACAAGAAAUACCGAGGCGUGGAGCCGCCCUUCUAUGGGCUGAAUGAUAAUGUGCCCAUCCUCUUGACAAUCCUCCUCGGCGUCCAGCACGCCUUGACCAUGGUGGGAUCGGUGGUAUCCCCUCCUCUCGCCAUUGCUGGGGGUGCCUUUUACCUCAACUCUGCUCAGACACAGUAUCUUGUCUCAGCCGCCUUCAUCACGACCGGCAUCGCCACGGCACUGCAAGUCACGCGAAUCCACAUCACCAAGACACCAUUGUAUAUUGGCACCGGUCUACUCUCGGUCGUUGGACCAACGUUUGACAUCCUCGCGGUCGCAUUCAACUAUACCGACAUGCGAUACGCGAAAGGAACGUGCCCAACUGACAGUAGCGGGGCCCGUCUUCCGUGUCCCGAGGCCUGGGGUGCAAUGCUGGGCACGAUGCUGUGUACCGUCUGGAUCCAGAUUCUGAUGUCGCUGGUGCCGCCGAAGAUCCUGAACAGGAUCUUCCCUAAAAUUGUCACCGGGAGCUUGCUUGUGCUCGUUGGCGCGUAUCUCAUCUCGAAUGGGAUGCAGAACUGGGGUGGAGGGUCGAACUGUAAUGGUGGCUCCGGGAUGUAUGCUCUUUGUCCGGAUAUCUACGCUCCCAAGCCCCUCCCAUGGGGCGAUCCUAAGCUCAUCGGUCAGGGCUUCAGCGUGUUUGUGACCAUUGUCAUGGCAGAAUUCUUCGGAUCGCCCUUGAUGAGAUCCGCUUCCAUUAUACUGGGCCUGGCUGUCGGAUGUACCAUUUCUGGUGCAACAGGCUACUGGUCGAGAGAAAGUAUUGAUGCUGCACCCAUUGGAACCUUUCUCUGGGUGCACACAUUCAAACUGUCUGUGGACAGUGCACUCGUGCUGCCCUUGCUAAUCAUGUUCAUCUGCGAAGCUGUCAGCUGCAUGCCGGAUAUCCUGGCGACGGCGGAGAUCUCGCGUGUGGACAUUGAAGGAACUGAAUUCAACAGUCGGAUUCAAGGAGGAAUCCUGUGUGAUGGUCUGGGAAGUUUAGUCAGCGCCCUUGGAACGGGGCUACCGAUGGUGAGCCAAGCAGGGAACAACGGUGUCAUAUCCUUGACGGGGUGUGCGAGUCGACGAGCUGGAUGGUGUGCUUCUGCUGUGCUCAUUGUUAUGGGCAUUCUAGGCAAAUUCGGCGCCGUCUUUGGCUCCAUUCCUUCUUCCGUCCUCGGGGUUCACACACGGAACCGGUUCAUACUCACGGUGGCACUGGGGAUUGGAUUUAUGGACAUUGUGUCGCCCAAGUGGUUCAGCUCCGUGUUGACCUACAGUGGGAGCAAUGUUCAUCUCCAGGGAUUUGAGGAGGGCAUUAACCUGAUUGUGGAGACACCGUUUAUCAUUGCGGCUGUAGUGGGUGUCAUUCUCAAUGCGAUCCUGAAGGAGGAGACUCGCCUCGGGGAUACAUCUUUCUUCGGUCACACUGAUGUUCGUGCAGUCUAUACAGCGUGGUCACUAUAG